AUUUAAGCUUUUCCAAAUACUGAUGCCAUGGUUUCCUUCUCCUUGAACCCUCACGAAACCCUCACCCGCGCGCCUCUCCUUCCCGCAGCCUCCAUUACCGGCGCAUCCUGCGUCUCCGGCGCCAUUGAAACCCUAAUAAUCUGCUAAAGCAUCAAACUCAGUCGUCGUUGCUGUCGAACUCGAACCAGUGAGACUCGCACGAGCGAACACCAGUGCUGCAAAGAAGUGAGAAGCAACACCCACUAGAGAAAAAAAGGAAAAACCCUAAUUGUAAAAUGGAGGCUGAGACAGAGACUAUGGUGGAGAAGAGGGAGAUAAUCAACAAUGUGAUGUGCCUUUUGACAGACCCAGAUGGAACUCCUUUUGGUGCUCCUAUGUACCUACCUCAGAAUGCUGGUCCUCAACACCUCAACCAGAUUGUUAAUAAGCUUCUAAACAAUGAGGAGAAAUUGCCGUAUGCUUUCUAUAUAUCAAAUGAGGAGCUCCUUGUGCCACUUGAAACAUACUUGCAGAAAAACAAAGUCUCGGUGGAGAAGGCAUUGCCUAUAGUUUGUCAACCUCAAGCUAUUUUCCGGAUCCGUCCUGUGAAUCGCUGUACGGCUACUAUUUCUGGUCAUGCUGAAGCUGUACUAAGUGUUGCCUUCAGUCCUGAUGGGCAACAACUGGCAAGUGGUUCUGGUGAUACCACUGUUCGAUUUUGGGACUUGACCACUCAGACACCAUUGUACACUUGCACAGGUCACAAGAACUGGGUCCUUUGUAUUGCAUGGUCACCAGAUGGAAAGUAUCUUGUAAGUGGGAGCAAGACUGGAGAACUUAUUUGUUGGGACCCCCAAACUGGAAAGUCAUUAGGCAAUCCACUAAUUGGCCACAAGAAAUGGAUUACUGGUAUCUCUUGGGAACCUGUCCACCUGAAUGCUCCAUGCCGUCGCUUUGUAAGUGCCAGCAAAGAUGGGGAUGCUCGUAUAUGGGAUGUUUCUUUAAAGAAAUGUGUUAUGUGUCUCAGUGGCCACACACUUGCAAUAACAUGUGUAAAAUGGGGUGGAGAUGGCGUGAUUUAUACUGGCUCACAGGAUUGUACAAUCAAAGUCUGGGAAACCACACAAGGGAAGCUAAUCCGAGAACUGAAGGGACAUGGGCAUUGGGUUAACUCUUUAGCAUUGAGCACCGAGUAUGUUCUUCGCACUGGAGCUUUUGAUCAUACUGGAAAAAAGUAUUCAUCUCCAGAGGAAAUGAAGAAGGUUGCUCUUGAAAGGUAUCAAUUAAUGAGAGGCAAUGCCCCUGAAAGGCUGGUCUCUGGAUCUGAUGAUUUCACUAUGUUCCUUUGGGAACCUUUCAUCAACAAGCACCCCAAAACUCGCAUGACCGGCCAUCAGCAGCUUGUGAACCAUGUCUAUUUUUCACCUGAUGGGCAAUGGGUGGCAAGUGCAUCCUUUGAUAAAUCUGUGAAGUUAUGGAAUGGCACCACAGGGAAAUUUGUUGCUGCCUUCCGUGGUCAUGUUGGGCCUGUUUACCAGAUCAGCUGGUCUGCAGACAGUAGACUUCUUUUAAGUGGCAGCAAAGAUUCAACACUUAAGGUUUGGGAUAUUCGGACUCGUAAGUUGAAGCAAGAUCUUCCAGGCCAUUCUGAUGAAGUUUUUUCGGUCGAUUGGAGUCCAGAUGGAGAGAAGGUAGCCUCUGGUGGUAAGGAUAAAGUGUUGAAGUUGUGGAUGGGCUAGGCUAAUUUUUGGAUGAAUAUUGGGAAUCCAACGAAGUACAAUCUCAAUGGAGUUUUGCGGAUGCAUGGAUUUCAUGGAAAUCAAUGGUUGGUAUUAUGUGGAUGCAAGGUCUUUAAAUUAUAUAGACAGCAUAGAAGAUAUGUUUAUGACUUAUCAGAAAUAUUACUCUCAUAGCAAUUGAGAAUAUAGGCACUGGAAGAAGUUGCUCAAAGCGAGUCUCAGAACAGUGGUUGAAAUGUUUGGAGGCCUAUCACAUGCUUGCAAGAUGUUUUCUUGUCUGCUUUGAAGUCUUUCUUGGUCUUCUCUUCCAUUAAUAGUUGUAGGUGGUAUUGUUUUUCGGUGACAACAAUGACUAUAAUGGGUUGAACUGUCAUAGGGUUCAUUGGUAUGAACUCAGAAAUUUUUGGGCAGUUUGACACACGAUGAUUUUUUGUUGGCCUUGCCACUUUAGUAGUAGUGUUUGAAUGGAGUAUUUUAAUUUGAGAUGUAAGAAAAUUAAGCUGUGUCCUUUUCAUUUUAUAAAAUUGUGUUUGGAUUGUUGAAAACUUAAAAAA